UAGUAGGUCACCCGCCUCACGCCGUCGUUGCCAAGGCAACGUGCUACAACCCCGCAGAAGGGAAAUCUGCGCGUUCCUGUCUCGUGAACUUUUUAAAAAAGUAAUUUUAACUCGAACUUUAAGCAAACGGAGAAACUAAAGUCUUCCAGGCAGAGUGAGUCAGCAAGAUAAUAAGCCUCUGCAGACAGAAGCAGGCAUGGAGGAACAAGAGAACACUUCUCCACCUUAUCCAUCAAUCCAGGAAGAUCAACAGUCUGUCAAUGUCGUUGUCUCUCCCUACCCUGCUUUCCAAUACCUCGAAGAGAUGUUUACAGAAGGCAAAAUCAACCAGGCAACUGUGUCCAAACUGAAAGCCAGCUACAAACUUCUCCAUGACAAAUGGAAACGUUCCCAAGAAUCUGAGAUCAAACUCCUGUCGGAGGCGAAGAGGUGUCGGGCGGAGCUGGAGAGGCUCCAGGUGGAGGUGGAGAGCGCAGAGGAGCAGAGCAAUGUUGAGGAGCCUGACAGUGAGGUCAGCGCGCUGAGGGGACAGCUCCUGGGGGCAUACAACACACUGCACGCUGCUGAGGAGAGGGAGCACAAGACUCAGCAUGAACUGCAGUGGCUCCGGGAGGAGAAGAAGCAUCUGGAGGCAGAGAUUCAGAAGAAACCAGCUGAAUCAAACAUCGAUACAGAGGAUUUAAAUGACAAAUAUGAAGAACUGAUGGAAGAAGUUGCAUUAAGACAACAGGAAAUCCGAAAUCUGACGAAGGAUCUGGAAGCUCAUGAAAUAGCCAAAUUAGAGGAACAGAAGGAGCUGGAGGAGAAGAAGCAAGCCAUAGAGCUCAAAGAGGCUGAGAAAGCCCAGCUCCUCAGCAGACCUGACCAGAUUUUUAAGGAGGCAGAAAGGAAACGCUCCAAGUUGGAAGAGGCGGCGGUGAAGAUGGAAGCCCUGAAUGUUGAGUUUUCAGAAAUGGAGCAGCGUGCGAGCGCGCUGAACGAGGGGAACCGGUCCCUCAGGACGACGCGGGAGGAUCUGAAGGAGCUGCUGGAGGGUUUGAAGGCCAAAGUCGAGGCCAGUCAGGGGGAGCAGCGGCAGCUCCUGAAGAAGCGGGAGCUCCUGCAGGAGGAGGUGGCAGAACUCACCGGAAACAGAGGUGUGCUGGAAAUGAAACUGCGGAGCCUCAUGAGCGAGAAAAAGCAGGUUUACGAGAGCAGAUCUGUGCAACUGACUGAGAGUAACAGGCAGAUUCAAGCCCUCAAAAGGAUGGAGCAGGCGCUGACCGUGGCCACGGAGCAGCUGGCUUUUAAAACAUCCGUCUGUAAUGAGCUGCAGGCCCAGUUAGAUGCUGUUCCUCAAAGAGAGGCCACAACGAAGCAAGGGAUGGAGCUUCAGAAGGAGGUGGAAGCUCUGAAAGACUACCUCAAAACACAGCAGCUAUCAUUAUCUGAGGUGGAGAGCCAGAAGAAGCAGCAGUUUGAGAUAAUUCAAGAGCUACAGAAGGAGUCGAUGCGCCUAAGACAAGAACUCCACCAGCUCAGAUGUCAGAUACUCGUGAAAGCUGAGCAGAAGGGCCGGGAGCACCGAGAACUGCUCAGGGCGAAGCAACUGAGGGAGCAAAUCCAGCAGGAGCUCAGGGAAAAAGACCUCAUCAUUGAGGAACAUAAGAAAGUCUACACAAAUCUACACCACAGGAUUUUGGAGUAUUCUAACCUGUGUGCAAUAAGCACGGAAGAGAGGCAGCGCUACUUUAAUCUGAAGAAGUCUGUCACUAAUGCAGCUCAGGAUUUGACCGUACAUGAAAAACUCUUGGAGAACCAGCUGUCAUCCCAGUGCGGCCUUUUGGUCAACAUCAACAGGGCAAUCCACCAAACUAACAUGAAAGCCUCUGCAACCAACAACGACAGGAUGAAACUACGCGACAGCCUCACUAAGCUUGCCCGGAAGCAACGCCAUAUCAGUCAAGAAUGUGAAGAAAACCAACUGGAACUGAUGAAUCUCAGAGAACUCAUCAAACUGCAAGAGGAGACGCUUUCAGAGAUAAACAAGAAUCAUGAAACUGCCAGGAGGCGCCGUGAUUUUCUAGCAAACCAACUCUUGGAACAACAGGACGUUGUCUCUGACUACACUCGACACAUAAAGAGCCAGGUAGUUGCCAUCGGGAGGAGCAAUGAAGCUCUGGAGACGGUGGAGAAGCACAUCAAGAAACUACAGCAGGAGAUCGACGAGAAGAAGAGACACAUCGACCUGAAGAACAAGGAGAUCCAUCUCAAGAAACAGCUUGAGGAGGAGAUCACGAUGCUUCAAAUUGAGUUGUCAGAAGCCAGCGACAGGACUUUAGAAAGUGUGAAUCGAGCAGCUGAUUUCAAAGAGCUGAAGAGCAAAGUGCCCUCAUCUGUGGAGCUGCUUAAGAAAGUGGAGCAGCUCGAGGGAAAUCUAGCUGAGCGUGAGAGGCAGUUGCUGGAAAAAGAACUCCUGGUGGAGCAGGUGACCCGGCUGACGAAGCCGCUCGGGGAGCAGGCGGAGAACUACCGGCAGGACAGCCUCUCACUGGCAAAGAGGCUGAAUGAGGUCCGGACUCUUCUGAUUGACACCAACCAGCGCAUAAUGGCCGUUUCUGCAGAGCUGUCCGUGAAGCAGGCUGAUGCAUUGUGGGAGAAGCAGCAGAUCAAAGAGAAGGAAGUCCAGAUGGAGCGGUGCCAGCGACGGCUGGAGCAGGGCUUGUCACCACACCCCGAAAUAGAGGAAGAGUGGAGGAGGACGCUCCGGGACAAAAGGAGGAGACAGAAGGACAAAGAGGAGAAGGAGAGGCUUGCUGAGGAAGACAAGUGGAAGCCUCUGCCAAGCGGAAAACGCACCACCGCCGACAUCCGGCCCAACGCCUACAUCCCCGAGAACGACCUACUUCCUCUGCCCAAACCAUACGGCGCCAUGGCCCCUUUCAAGCCGUCCCAACCCGGGGCCAACAUGAGACACUUUGCAAAGCUUUAGCCCAACCCCGGAAAGAAGCACCAACGUCUGUCCAGUAGACGAAGGAGAGAGGUGCUGCUUUGAAAUUGAUCUUCAACUUCUAACUCAUUAGAAGUUCAAACUAUAUUAAAAAAGACAUUUCUGCUACAUGA